AUGAGUUGUGCCUUGGCGGCCCCGACGCCGCAUCAUCAGACGCCGCACGCCGACGUCUGCAAGCAGAUGGAUGUCCCGAGCACUUCAAGAUCGGCCAUGGCUCCAACACAAAUCAACGGGCAACCAUCGACGUUGAGAAGAUUGUUGUCAGAUGAGGCGCGCGCCGCCGAGUUCAGAGCCCCCGAAAAUGGGCGCCCAAUCGGAAUCGCACGACGUCCCACCGAACCCGAGAGGCCUGUGCCUGUCCGCUCCCAACGGCAAAGUCGACAAAAGGGAGAAGUCCUCGACAACUAUGUCGAUCCGUCCGAAUUUAAACAGCCCCGGCCGGUGAACCCUCCAAUUGGCUUGCCGCGCCAACCCUUUAAGCCACCACAAUCCACCUCCGAACAGGACAAGCAAAUUGAACGGCUAAAAAUCCACAUGGUCGGGCCAAAAACAAAGGUGGCGGAGGAGAAAGCCGAGGAAAAGGUCAAGCGACGGCUGAGCGGACGGAUAAACGUUGGCGAUGAACAUCAAGCAAUAUUCGGUGAAACGAGCUGGCAGCAGCCGAGCCGUGAACGCCUUGACAAGGAGCCCGAUCGCGAUCAGGUCAUGUGGCGGUCAGACAAGAAUAAGCUCUCAUCCGCUGAACUCGACGAUGCCUGGCAUGCAGUACGCCGGCAUUGCGGUGGACAGAUUGGUCUUGAUGCGAUGCUCCACCGGUUGAUGGUAUGCCACUACGAUAUCAAUGAGAUGUUGCUAUAUGUGGAGAAGGAAUUGUAUGAGAACACGCCCGAAAUGGAGCCACUUUCCGAGGGGCAGCGCGACGAGUUCGAAAAGUAUUUGAAGAAGAAGGGAUCCGCUGCUUGCAAGAAGUUCCGAUUGAUGCAGGACCGUUUCCUCAAAAGCCACUGGUUGGGUGAAAUUGUUGCCUACUACUAUAAUACGAAGCAUCGCGGAUGUCCGACAGAAGAAUACAACUUAUGCACUUGUCGGAGCAGUGAUUCGAAGGAAAAGCCGGUGAUUUCGCGAGUCGAGUGCACGAAUUGCACAAGAUUGAUUUGGAAGGAUCGGUCAGCAAAAGUACGGCUCUGUCCCGUCUGUGACCUGUACACAAGGCGAACCGGAUUGGAUCGAAGAAUUGUCACUCCGUUGACCACCGCCGAGAAGGAAUUCGUCUUGAAAUGGCGCGACCUGCAAAGAGCGGCUGGUCAUGAGAUUUCGAUGAAUGCGGUGAGAAAAGAGGUGGAAGAAGAGAGACAGCGAGAUGUGCGGCUUCGAUGGGAUGAUAAUGAAGAUAUCCUUGGCAAAGUACCCUCAGCACAGAAAAAGCAAAAAAUGAAACUUGACGAUAUUGCCAAGCAAUCAAAAACGAAGACUGUCACGCUCAACGACACCUGUCCUCUGCUCUGCCCUCAAAUGCAAAAGAUUAAAAACGCGAUUCUGGUCGAGUUCACCCCACAAGAGAAUCUGCAAAUUGUCAAAGCAAUUCGAGAAUACGGCCAAAAGUGGGGUACGGUGGCGUGCAAGGUCGGCAAGGAACCGCAAGAAGUCGAGCAAUUCUACCACAAAUAUAAGGCGAAAUAUGGGCUCGAGACGAUCGGUCAACCGCUAAAAGAAUCGGGUCAUGUCCAACUGAACCGUAAGGUGCCACGAUCACUGUCGACAUCUCCAGAUUCCGGAAUAUUUGAAACGGGAUCUCGACUUUCGGGCGGAAAAAGGCCCGCAUCCCCCGCAGGGUCGAACGGACACGCGAAGCAGCCGCGGAAAUCGCGUCCAAACGUGUUGGCAGUUGAUUACACGGAGUUCGAG